AAGGAAACACGGCGAAAAAACCGCCUCUAGUGGCGAGGACGUACAUUGUGGUCAUCUGACGAAUAGCUCCUUCCUGGACAACGGGACUGUUGCAUAAUUGUUCCCAGGACUCUGAACGCUAAAGGCAUUAGGAAAGCAUUAAUUGAGCAGCAACCGUUCAGCUGGAGAACGUACGUGUGUACCUCACCUUGUCACCCGAUAAAGUCUAGAGCUUUAAAAGGCCGAAUUGGAGGUGUUGGCACAUUUUAAGACGUGUCAUGUCGCGUAAUUUGGUCUCUGCUGACGAACCGGUGGUCAUGGCCACUGCGGAAUGCCUUCCUAUCGAUUUCCUGAGGCUCUUGUUUGCGCGGCUGACCGCACGCGAGCUCUGCGCAGCGGCUUGCACAUGUCACCUCUGGCGUCACCUUGCGGUUGAGUUCUGGCGCGCAAAGGUGCACGGUCGCUGGAAACAUGGCAGCGGCCGAUGGAUGGAUCUUGUCCGCAAUGGCCAGUGGAGGCAGCUCUACCGAGAGCGCCACCUGCUCGAUGUCGCCAGUCGCGCCGCCCUGCGCGAUCUGCCCUGGCCGCUGCGGCGCGCGGGGGCGCUCGAGGCGCUGUGUACGGCAGGCGAGGACGCGGUGGAUUUGAUGCUGGCGGAGGCGACUGUGGUGGUUGGCGGCGGCGGGAGGGAGGCGCUGUGGCUGGGGCGGAAAUACUGGGCGGAGAAGGCACUGGCGAUGCUGCGGCGGCGGCAGGCGGCGGCGACGCUGGCAGCGCUGGCGAGAGACCCACGGGUCGCUGCGGAGCGACCCGAGACCGCCGCACUGGCCAUCGCCCAGGCGCACUACCCCACCUCCGACCUCUGCCACCUCCCGCCCCAGCUGGCGGCCCUGCGGCGGCUGUUGCGGCACCGACUGUGGCAGGCGGCAGCGCAGCCGGGCUCCCUGGAGGCCCUGUACGUUCUUAAUCACCUGGUCUUCGGAGCCCCGCCGCCGCCCUCGCCCCUAGCCGCCGCUGCCUCCUCUCCCUCCGCCGCCGCCGCCGCCUGCUGCCCCUCCCUCGCCGACCAGCUGGCCCCCCACCCCGGCUGCGGUCUGGGCCUGCGCGGCUGCGGUUCCGGCCCGGGCGCCUACUACCGCCCCUCCAAUUCGCUGCUUCCUGAGCUGC